AUGAGUUUUUGUACAGCGUUCUUCUCUACGAAAAUCCCCAUUAGGAAAAGAAUGUGCCUUUUGUACCAGUUUACGAGCGUUUCCACUUCUUGUGCUGCUCAAGUAGAGGACUCUUCUUCUGACGACAGCGCUGCCCCGGAGACGAGUUAUAAUGAGCUGCAACAGAGAAUGCAGAUGCAUGCAGCCUCGGGAAGCAUUGUGAAAGCUAUCGCGUCUUUAAAUUUAAUGAAAAAUGUGCCAGAAAAGCCGACUGUGUACGACUACAAUUCAAUGAUUUAUUGUUAUUUCAAGUCAGGGUAUGUUAAGAUUGAUGAAUUGUUUGAGGUUUACAUUGCGAUGAAAAGAUUUGGACCUAAACCAAAUGCCUUGACUUUUAAUACGCUUUUGAAUGGGUUAAUGUUGGUUGGGAGAUUGAAAGAAGGAAUUUUGAUUUCACAAGAAAUGAUGGAGAGUGGGUUUUUGCCUUCAUAUACUGUUUUAUCAAAAUUCUUUAAGAAAUUUUUGAAUCUAGGAAGUGUAGUGGAAUCUCUUACAGUACUUGAAAUUAUGUUGGGGCUGGAUUAUAUUCCUAGAAAGCGUGAUAUGAAUGCCUUGAUUCAUGGUCUUUGUAAAGUCGGAAUGAUUGAACAGGCAUAUGUUGUGUUAUUGGCACUUUUAGGGAAGGGAUGCUUUUGCACUGCACAUUUAUAUAGUCCCAUUUUGUGGGCAUUAUGUAAGUUUAAGGACAAAAACAUUGCAGUAGCAUUUCUUGGUUGGUUAAAAAAGAAGGGAUUUGUAUGUAAUGUUUACUCGUAUACUGCUCUUAUUUAUGGUUUCAGUAAGGACAGGUUGUGGGACAAAGCUUUUCAUUGUCUCCAAGAAAUGGAAAAUGAAGGUUGUAAACCUAGUGUGAUAACUUAUACUAUAAUUGUUAAGUUUCUCUGUGAUGACGGAGAUGUUGAUGAGGCACUAGGCCUUUUGGAAAAGAUGGAUGAGAAGGGAUGUAAUCCCGACUUGGUUACAUACAAUAUAAUCCUCCGUGAACUUUGCCUUCAAGGUAGGACAACUGAAAUUGAUGAUCUGUUUCAAGUUAUUGAUAGAAGGGGUUUGUCACCUGAUAUGUAUACCCAUUCGGCUUUGGCUGGAGGCAUGUUAAAAAGGGGAAAAAUAGAAAUUGCGAAUAAGCUAGUGCUUGAUAUUAUUUUAAGAGGCUGCUCUCUAGAUGCUGUAGUUUAUAAUAUAUACUGGCAUUCUCUGGCUUGUGAUGGUAAAUCUAGAGAGGCUUUGUCUAUGAUGCAGAGUAUGAAAGAGAAGGGUUUUAGACCAACCAAUGUAACAUACAACACGAUUCUGAAAGGAUUAUGCAAUGAAAUAAAUAUUGAUGAAGUUCUACAGUUCUUUGACUGCUUCGAUUGGGCCACAGGCGGGCCAGAUUUGAUUUCCAUCAAUACAAUUUUGUCCACGGCAUGUAAAGAGGGAAAUUCUUCAAUAAUAAGGAGGAUUUUGUACCGGAUGGAGUAUGAAGGAAUUAAGCUUGAUGUUAUGAGCUCAACAUCUCUUAUUCAGUAUUUCUGUACAAUUGGGCAAAUCCCAGAAUGCUUUAAGCUUUUGGAUUCCAUGACAAGUAAGGGUCCUCAACCUAAUACUAUGACCUUAAACACUCUCAUGAGUGGCCUCUGCAAAAAUCGAUUGCUUGGUAUUGCAGGAAAAAUAUUCAGCUAUUUCAAAAGCAUUGGGAUUUCACCUAAUACAACUACAUAUAAUAUUUUAAUGCGUGCUUCCAUACGAGAAGGCAACGAUUUGCUGAUGAUUAAGCUCUUAAAGGAUAUGUAUAGCCAGAAAUUGAAGCCAGAUGUUGACACCUAUGGUUGUUUCAUUUAUAGCUUUUGUAAAGAAGGCAAGAUAUUACUUGCUCUUCAGCUUCGAGACCAAUUAUUUGCCAAUGGAAUUACUCCUAACAUUGUGAUUUACAAUACCAUAUUGGAGGCCAUGUUUAGGAGAGGAAAUUUUUGGGAAAUCAUCUCAUUAUUGAAACUGAUGGCAAUGGAUUGCUGUGAACCAAAUGCAUAUUCUUUGGAGAUAAUGGGACGAGCCAUGAGAAAAGGUUGGAUGAAAGGAUUCCCUAGAGCAACAAAAGUUUUAGAGACCAUCAUGUGUGGAGCUCUCGCUGAGAUUAUGAUUUGUCUGGAAACUGAGUUCUUUGCACUCUGCAACAGGACCUCUUGGGAUAGAACUCGUGAAGAGUUAAAGUAA